AUGCCAGUCAUCGAUGUAGCUGCCGCCAGGGCGAUUGUCUUUUGGCCAGGGAUAACGCUCGACAUCAGUAACGCUAGGGCAAAAUGCGACGACUGCAACAGAAACGCCCCGUCGCAAGCAAGUCUCCCGUCGACGCCGGCGCACCCGCCUUCGGUUCCUUUCGAAGCCGUGGUGGCGGAUUACUUCAAUUUCGCCGGUUGCCAUUAUCUCGUCAUUGCCGACCGCCUCUCGGGAUGGGCCGAGAUCUUCGCCACGCCAUUCGGCUCGAAGCAAGCCAGUGCCAAAGGGCUGGUGGACCGCCUCGGGAACUUCAUGGUUAUCGCCGGACUUCCAGAAGAGCUGUCAACUGAUGGAGGACCAGAGUUCGCUGCCUCGACCACUGGAGACUUCCUACGACGUUGGGGUAUUAAGCACCGGAUAUCAUCCGCCUACCACCCGCAGUCGAAUGGCAGAGCGGAAAUAACCGCCAAGGCAACCAAGCGUCUCCUCAAGCCGGACACUGAUUCGGCGGGCCUCUUGGACAGCGACCGCUUCCUCCGAGCCAUCUGGCAGCUCAGGAACACACCCGACCCAGACUGUGGCAAGUCACCAGCGGAGAUCGUGUUUGGGAGACCUCUUCGCGACACCCUGUCGUUUGCAAAGCGUCUCCAGAAGCUUGGCGACACCGUCCACCUCACGUCAGAGGUCCAUCCGUCGUGGAGGGAAGCUUGGGCGGCCAAGGAAACCGCCCUACGUGACCGAUUUGUUAGUCAGUCCGACGCAUUGAACGCCCGGUCCCGGAAUCUCCCACCGCUCUAG